CUCAAGGCAAAGAAGGUAUAUAAGAGUGGCAUUAAGUUGUCACGCAGUGGAGCCAAAAGAGACAGAUCAAACUCAGAGGGACCGGUGACAUCAGGCUCGAGACAGGCUCACCACAACAGCUUUAAAACCCUUUCAUCAAGAAUGCCAGCCACCAACAGAAUCAUUUCUGACAGCCGGAUGGCAGAUAAAGAAAAAAAAGUUAAAAAGGACAACUCACCAACAGAGAAUGUCCCCUUCUAUGAGCCAAACACCCCCGAGCCUAAAUGCAGAGCUGAUCUUAUAAAACACUGGUUCAACCUUUCUUUUGAUGACAAGACAGCCAAUAAGAUGCUGUGGAUCGGAGAGCAGGGUGCUAAGGUGGCCCGAAUGACCGAUGACAUCACUUGUCCCGUCUUGGAUAGACCAGAGCGAUAUGAGUAUUCUCCACAGGUUCUUUGCAAAGAGGGAAUCCUGGGUGUCCGAGCCUACUGGGAAAUCGAAUACUCAGGGUGGGUCGUGAUCGGGGUCGCGUACGAACGAGCAGGAAGGAGGAACAGCGACGGAUCCUGUGGCCUGGGAGAGAACGAGGAGUCAUGGGGUCUGGGCUGGAGCGGUUCUAGCUAUAACACCUGGCACAACGGCUCCUUUGUAGAGAUCCUGGAUGUUCCCAAGUACACAACAAUUGGUGUUUACCUUGACCAGCCUGCCGGUAUCCUCAAUUUCUAUGGUGUGGAUGAGGUGAAGGAGGGAGAGGAAAACACAGGAGAAAAGGAGGUUUACACUUUGCAACAGAUCAGGAGCCCCUUUGAGCAGAAAAUGAUACCUGGUUUCUGGGUAGGGCCGCAGUCACACUGCUCUAUCAAAAAGAAGGAGGAAUAAAUGUCAGAAUCAACAUUACAAUAUCAUAUCUGAAUAUUGAUGAUUAAGAGAGAGAAGUUAAACUACCUUUAAUAUUAAAGCUACAGUUAUUGCAGCUUUAAACACAAAAUGACAAAUUACAUUAGAAUACUAGCAUUAGUGCACAUGAGAUGUAUUCCUUAUAUUCAGUAUCUCUUAGAUAUAUACAGUAGUUAGGGUUGUACAUUUCAGGUAAGGCAACAAAGUGCAAUCAGGUGCGUGGGGUUCACCUUUGACCUACAUGUACCGCUCCUUUGGACUUUCCUGUCACCACUGGACCACUCGAGGUUUAUACUGAUAUAUUUAUAUGUAUUUUUAUUCCUCCAUUGUUAAUGUUUGCUAAUAAUGUAUAGGGUUACAUGGUUUGAAUGUUUGCUAUAUGUAAAGUUUGAAUAAAUAAUAAAACACUGAGUGGGACAUAA